AUGCGUUUCAGCAACCAUGCAAACCUGUUCUUUGUUCUGUUCAUACUGUGUUUUUAUGUGUUGGACGUUUGUAUUGCCAUAGACAGCAUCACAUCAUCACAAUCCAUCAAGGACCCUGAAACUCUAAGGUCCAAAGAUGGUAACUUCACUUUGGGGUUCUUCACCCCUCAAAACUCCACAAACCGCUAUGUUGGAAUUUGGUGGAAGUCUCAGUCUACAGUUAUAUGGGUUGCCAACAGAAACCAAGCACUGAAUGAUUCUUCUGGAAUUGUUACAAUAUCUGAAGAUGGCAAUCUUGUUGUGCUGAAUGGACAGAAACAAGUAAUUUGGUCAACAAAUGUGUCCAAAAUAUUAUCCAAUACAAGUUCAGAGUUUUCAGACUCUGGUAAGCUAGUUCUCAUGGAAACCACAACAGGAAACAUCUUAUGGGAUAGUUUUCAACAACCUUCAGAUACACUCUUGCCCGGCAUGAAACUUUCAACCAACACAAGAACUAAUAAGAAAAUUGAACUUACAUCAUGGAAAAGCCCUUCUAAUCCCUCUAUUGGGAGCUUCUCUUCUGGGGUUGUUCAACGCCGUGAUAUUCUUGAAGUGUUUAUUUGGAAUGAAACUCGACCAUACUGGCGCAGUGGUCCAUGGGAUGGUGGGGUAUUUACAGGGAUACCGACCAUGUCAACGUAUCUUAAUGGUUUCAAAGGUGGGGAUGAUGGCGAAGGAAAUAUAGAUAUCUAUUACACAGUGCCAAGUGAAUUAGAUUUUGUAAUUUAUAUGUUGAACUCUAAAGGCCAAUAUGAACAAAAACUGUGGGAUGCUGAGAAGAGCGAAAUGGGAAUUAGAUGGACUAGUAAAGAGUCAGAUUGUGAUGUUUAUGGUAUGUGUGGACCAUUCACAAUCUGUAAUGCACAGAGCAAACCAAUAUGUAGCUGUUUGAAAGGAUUUGAACCGAGGAACGAGGAGGAAUGGAAUGGAAAAAACUGGACUGGUGGAUGUGUUAGGAGAACACCUUUGAAGUGUGAAAGGGUAAGAGACCAAAACACAAGUACGAAUGCAAAGGAAGAUGAAUUUUUUAAACUGCAGAUGGUUAAAGUUCCUGAUUUUUCAGAAGGGUCUCCUGUUGAGACUGACAUAUGCAGAAACCAAUGCUUGGAGAAUUGCUCUUGUGUUGCUUAUUCUCAUGAUGAGAAGAUUGGUUGCAUGUCUUGGACUGGGAAUCUACUAGAUAUACAACAAUUCUCAGAAGGAGGACUUGAUCUACAUCUUCGUGUAGCCUACUCUGAACUUGAUAAAGGGUCAAAAAAAAAAAUCAUCAUUACAACAGCAGUGAUAGUAGCAACUGUGAUCAUGGUUACUGGUGGAUAUUUCAUGUGGAGGACUUCCAAUCCUCCAGUAAGGAAAGGGAAGAACGAUGCUUUUAUAGAAUUUAAUAAUGGUGGAACACCAGAACAUGAAAGCCAUAGUGUAAUUGAAGAACUUUCACAAGUUAAACUACAUGAGCUGUUACUAUUUGAUUUUAAAAUGGCUGCAGCAGCCACAGACAACUUCCAUCUUUCCAACAAACUUGGGCAAGGUGGAUUUGGUCCUGUGUACAAGGGGCAACUGGAAGAUGGACAGGAAAUAGCAGUUAAAAGACUUUCUAGAGCCUCUGGACAAGGUCUAGAAGAAUUCAUGAACGAAAUAGUCGUGAUUUCCAAGCUUCAACAUCGCAAUCUUGUAAAACUUUUUGGCUGCUGUGUAGAAGGUGAUGAGAAGAUGUUGAUAUAUGAAUACAUGCCAAACAAAAGUUUGGAUGUAUUUAUCUUUGAUCCAUCAAAGUGUAAACUCCUAGAUUGGAGGAAGCGCAGUAACAUAAUAGAAGGAAUAGCUCGAGGACUACUUUAUCUACACAGAGACUCCAGACUAAAAAUAAUACACAGAGAUUUGAAGGCGAGUAAUAUAUUGCUAGAUGAAGAACUAAAUCCAAAAAUAUCAGAUUUUGGUAUGGCUAGAAUCUUUGGUGGAACUCAAGAUCAAGUCAAUACUAGUAGGGUUGUUGGAACCUAUGGCUACAUGUCUCCUGAAUAUGCAAUGGAAGGACUAUUUUCAGAAAAAUCAGAUGUGUUUAGCUUUGGUGUUCUAGUACUAGAGAUUGUUAGUGGAAGAAGAAGCUCAGGUUUUUACGGCAAUGUGCAUGCUCUUGGCCUUUUAGGAUUUGCUUGGACACAGUGGAAGGAAGGAAAUGCAUUAUCUUUAAUAGAUCCAGAACUCUAUGAUCCUAUUCAUCAUAGAGAUAUCCUAAGGUGCAUACACAUAGCUCUUUUAUGUGUGCAAGAACUUUCUGUAGACAGACCUACUAUGGCUACAGUAAUUUCUAUGCUCAGCAAUGACUUUGUGCUUCCUGCUCCAAGUCAAUCUACAUUCAUUCAGCGACAAAAAAUGUUGAAUUCGACUUCAUCGGAAGAAACACAGAGAUUUCGCUCCAUCAAUGUUGUUAGUGUUACCGAAAUUCAAGGUAGAUAG